AUGCCGCUCCACUGGAAGAUCAUCAACCUAUUCGUGAUCAUCAUCCCCAAGCUGCUUCUUUGGUGGCUUACCGCGCAGUCGGGCACCACCUUCUUAAUGGAGACGUCCGCAAUCGAUAACAUGGUGGUGAACUCCGUGGCCUUGGCCUUCAUUUUGCAGAUUGAUGAGCUCCUGUGCAGUGAGCUCAUGUCGGAGACCACCAAGACGCUGUUGGACAUGGUGCAGGAUUAUGAGCUGCACGGGUACACCGAGGCCGGGGAUGGAGAUGAGGACGACGGGUUUCAUUCCGGCCAGGACUACGAGAAGCACCUGGACGCGGACUGGUCGUGGUACGAGAUCAUGUCCUUGGUGCCCUACAAGCUGGUGGUGGUGCUCCUGUUCACCAUGCUCUUCGUGAGACUGUACUACUGGACCCAUUGUGUCCAGAACGAGGACGGUGGCUACGUGUCGAGGGAGAUGCGGCAUCCACUGACAACGCACUUCAGCUUCUUGUGCUGA